UGUAAUUAAUUGGGACAGCCUGGAUAUUAUUCCAAUUGGUCAAGAUCAUGUAGGUGCUGCUGUUUGUGUCAUGGAUGAAGAGGCAAUGUAUGAAUUUCUUGGUCUUAGAGCCGAGGAUGAAAGAGCAGGAAAAGAGAGAGCUGCAGCUGAAGAAGAGGCAGCCGAAGAAAUUGGGGCUAUGGAUUUAGAUGGUGCUGAAUUACCAGUUGAUGACCAUAUUCCUGGUGAAGAAGCAGCUUUCCAUGAUAGGGAGGGUCCUCCUAUGGAUGCUGGAACAUUGUACCCUAGUAUGGAAGAAUUUCGGGCAGCAGUAAGGCAGCAUGCUAUUAAAGGGCAGUUCGAGCUUGGAACUGAAAAGUCAUGUCAAACAUUGUUCAGGGGCUAUUGCAAAGCUAAUGGUUGUAAAUGGGCCAUUGUCGCACGGAAAAUGAGUGGCACGAAGCUAGUCAGGAUUACACUGAACAAGGAAGAGCACUUUUGUGCUUCAACCGGGAGAGUGAGGACCAAGAUGGCAACAUAUCAUUGGGUGGCAGAGAAGCCUAUCCCUUUUCUUAAGAAGGAUGCAAACAUUGGUGCAAAGAACUACAAAAGGAGCUAGAAGAUAAGUAUCAGGUAUCAAUUGGAUAUUCAACUGUAUGGCUUGGUAGGCAAAAGGCUGCAGAACACAUUUUUGGAACAUGGGAAGAAAGUUUUGGAUACUUGUUCAAUUUUAAGGCAGAGGUUGAGAAAAAAAUGCCGGGAAAUGUUGUAGAGAUAGAAUUGGUACAGAAGGAUGAAGGUGUAUUUUUCCAUAGUUUCUUUUGUUGCUUGAAACCUAGCAUUGAUGGUUUCCUGAAUGGCUGUAGGCCAUACUUGAGCAUUGAUUCAACAGCUCUAAAUGGUAGGUGGAAUGGUCACCUGUUUUCAGCUAUGGCACUAGAUGGUCACAACUGGAUGUACCCAGUUGCUUUUGGUUUUUUUGAUGGUGAGACAACUGAGAACUGGACUUGGUUUAUGAGACAGCUGCAAAAGGCAAUUGGAAAUCCACCUCAUCUAGCUAUUAGUUCAGAUGCUGCAAAGAGUAUUGCAAAUGCUAUACAAGAGGUGUAUCCUUGGGCUGAACAUAGAGAAUGUUUUAUACAUUUGAU